AUGCGAACACCAGAACAGCAAUUCGAGUUGGACCUCGAGGCCGUGAAGAAUGACGGUGAACUCGCAAGGAUUCAGGCAGAGUCCGACGAAGAGACGAGACGGAUUAAGAUGGACCUCGUCUUCCUUACCAUCAAACUCCUCAUCUUCACUGUCGCGGCAGUGUAUAUUCUGGGGUUUGUUCCAGAAGCACUCGCUACCCGCGCGUCAGAAGUCGAGGCGGUGGUUAAUGCUACAAAAGCUGCAAAUAUUGUUUCCCAGAAGGGAAGUGCUAUACGCAAGAAGUAA